AUGUCGACACUGCCAUACUCCAAGGUGGGGACACCUACAAUUCGACCGUCGUAUGAGGCACAAUUCAAGUCGACACCGUCAAUUCCCGCCUUGAAGCGAAGGUUGUCGAUAGUUGCAGCACAGAAUCAGGAUCCUCAUUCACCUCAGUCUCCUUCGUCUUCAUCUUCACUUCCAGCAUCAGGUUAUUCCACGAAAUUACGUAUCCAGAGUUCGUUACCACGACUGGAGUCGGCUAUUGGGCAGUUGGUAGACGGUCUUGGAAAGUUUACUGCAACUCCCCAGCAAGCACAGGAUGUCAUUGAUGCUGAUAAUGAUCUAUCGAUAGCAUUAGAAGAGCUUCUUGAACAUCAAGAGGCUGGAAAAACAAUUCAGAAACUGAAAAAAAUAUCUGCAGAGCUAGAUAGACAGCUCAACCAAGUGCUUCUAAGCUUAUCAGAAAGUCGACGAGAACUGCAAUCUGCUCUGAGAAACGUAGACGAUUCUGAUGAUUCUCGAGUAGCAUCUCCUAUCUCUGCUAAUGAGCUGCUCAGCUAUGCGACUAAAAUCACAAAAUUCACCCACCCACCUCCCGGGUACAAUCCAGAGGUGGCUAAUGAGCAUGCAAACCUGCCAUGGCCGUCUGAAGACGGACUAAGAAGAGGAGUACUAGCAAUGUUGGCUGCCGAUGCCGAAAAAGACGAAACUGCUCUCCGACAAGCAUCGACUGUCAAGACUGAACCUGUGAAAACCGAGCACACAAACCAAGAACUUCAUAAAGGAGCAGAUGGUACUUCUUCUCAGUCGCCUCAAAGGGACCCUCGUCAACGACGAAGCUCCAUCGUCUCCUAUGGCGAGCGACCCGUCAUCACCAAUCCAUCAGCCUCAUCUCCACAAGCCCAACCUGUUUCUCCCUCUGCUACACACGCUGAACACGCCAGCAGCGGAAACGGCGGUGGUGCACUCGAUCUUGAUCUGUUCGAUCCUGACGAGGAAGAAGACGAUGAGGACGAUGAGUAA